AUGCCUCUUGCUUUCUCAUCUUCUCCACAAGAGUUUCCCCCAAGUGAUAGUUUUUUGUCCGCCUUAGCUCAGGGCAACAUACUAUUAACACCUUCUAGCCCUGAACAGUUGGCUACUGGCCCGACUUUACCCGUUACCUCGUUUUUACAGAACACUGGUGUAUCUGAUAUAGCUGGCUACACAAAUUAUAACGAUCACGAUAUGGAUCUAACUGUUCCUAUUGAUGAUGGUUUUAACUUUACUACCAACUUUGCACAGGAUUCAAGCAAUGAUACUGAUGAUGGAUGGCAAGACGACCAGUGGGCUGAGCCUCCCGAUGGAAGCGGUAGCUUGAUCGAAAAUUCUGAGCUUUCUGGCUUCGAACUCGACAAGCUUCCUCAUCCCAGAGUAGGCAUGGCUAAUGGCUCGGUUUCUACCGACUCUGAACAAGAUGCCAACGACGCCGAGCAUUUUUAUCCAUCUGACGACGAAGACUCGUACCACGGCUCAGAGAGCAUCUGUGGCAAAGCAACUUCCCCCCCUGCUCCGAGGCAAGCAAACGUCGACAACAAUAAUAACAAUGGCCCUAUUACUCCGCCAACGGAACAAUCUCUGGCCCCACUCAGUAUUGUCCAGUUUGCGCUGCCGGAUCCUGGCGACAGCUAUUUUGAUGCGUUUGGUGCUGAUGCCGACAACGCAGAUCUUUCAAUGUAUACUGAGAGUAUGGAUGAUAAUUUCUUACCCCUUUCCUUCCGUUUAAAUUUCCCCCCUGCACCAGCUUCUAAUAGUACCGAUACACCCCUCACUCAAGUUAUGAAUUCUCUUAUCAUUGGUGGUGGCUACGAUGGCCUUGACUCUAUGCGGCAACUUCAUCAAGCGUUUACUCGCUUUAUAGAACUAGUUACUAGUUCGGUGGGAAUCUUACCUCUUCCGUCUGCUUACUUUCCAAGAAUUUGUCAAGUGCUUGGAAAGUUUUCCCAUUUACAUCAACAGUCAAUGGGAAUAAUGUUACGCUAUGGUGUCCAGCUUACCGAACUUGCUGUUCAUCUCUUGCGUGCGUCUGGUUGUACUAGUGAGGAUGCCGAGGCGUCAGACUUCACAAUCCCACCGUUGCCAGAUGAAAGUAUUGAAGAUCUGCUUUCAACUAACGCACAAUCUUCUGAGCAAAGCAUUAUUCCACCACCUGAGAAUGAACCUGAACAUCAACCUGAACAUCACCAACACCUUCCACUGUUAACACAAGAGGAAUACGAGACCUUGCAUGAACCAACUGACUAUUCCCCUUUCUUUAUCCCACCCAUCAUGGUCCUCCAUUCCUUUAACUCUUACACUUCAAGCAUACUGCUCGCGAAUCCCCUUGCUCCUGUUAAUAAUGCUAACCAAAACAAACCGCCAGCUUUCGAACGUAACUUGACUGUCGAACAGUUUAUUCGCCAGUGGUAUAUCCGCUCCCGCGUUUCUCACGAGCGGCUCGGCGUGAAGGAACCAUAUCCUCCAAUUUCUGGGGAGGCCAUUCAUGUGUUGCAGUGGCCGAGACCAACCAAGAUAUCACGCCCUGAAGACCACAAAAAUCGCUUGUUUGACAUCCAAAAUAUCCCGUGGACCAGCAAAUUGAAUGUCGAUAGAGCUGAGGCUCGGGCUCUACGCGAUCGCUGGUAUACAUCUUACCAUAACCUUCGUUUCCAGCCUCACGGUUUUGCCGUCACUCCACAAGAAAGUGAGAAUUACUUCAAAGCCAAGACCAUGUAUACCAAGUACAAGGCCACCAUGGCACAUUUUCAACUUCGAAAUCUCAUGGCUGUGACUGCAUCCAAUACCGUGCAGUAUGUCCAUAGAAACAAGGUUUAUUCCGUCACUCCAUUCUAUGACAUGCAUACUUGUAUUGUUGACCUUUCCGAGUCGAUCUCCUCUAACCCUGUGGCCGAACCUUUGAAAAUCUCCACUAUGAAAGCCAAGCAUGGAGUCACUGUCGUUGGUGGCUUCAGCGGCGAAUAUGCAUAUAAAGGCGAAGUGCACGAUUACCAGAAGGUGGAAGGUCGCAUCACUAAACACCUUAACGGGAUCACGAACCAUAUCGACAUUGUUAAACACCGAACCAGCCGCAACCCCCAGGCCGUGAUUGCUUCGAAUGAUGAAUGCAUCCGUAUCCUUGACUGUGAGACGAACAAGUUUGUCGGGACCCACCGAUUUGCUCGGGCUAUUAACUGCACUGAUACCUCUCCUGAUGGCCGCCUUCGCGUUAUCGUUGGUGACGCUGCCGAUUCUUGGGUUGUUGAUAGCGAGACUGGAAAGCCAGUUCAAUGCCUCUCUGGCCAUCGUGAUUAUGGGUUUGCAUGUGCAUGGUCUCCUGAUAUGCUACACAUAGCCACCAGUAACCAAGACAAGACUGUCAACAUCUGGGACGCCCGUAUGUGGAGGAUCCUCCAGACCAUUGAUUCAGAUGUUGCAGGAUACCGUUCUCUCCGCUUUUCCCCUGUUGGUGGUGGCCCUCGUACUCUCCUCAUGUGUGAGCCUGCGGACCGCAUCGUUAUCGUUAAUGCCCAGACUUAUGAAUCCCGUCAAGUUCAUGAUUUCUUUGGUGAGAUUGGUGGAGCUGAUUUCACUCCUGACGGCGGCAGAAUUUGGGUUUCUAACAUGGAUUCUCGAUUUGGAGGUCUUAUGGAAUACGAUCGCAUUCAGUGGGGCCAAGAAUUUGGUAUUGGCCAUACUAGACGCUCAAAGAUUGAAAGCCGUGGCGACGUCUAUCAUCCGGAUCUGCCUAACGAAUGGCUCCCUGAAGCUGAUCUUGACGACGACCCACGCUGCGUUUUGAGCGCUGGCGAGCGUAGAAUUCGAUAUGAGAGACUCAUGAGCGAUACAGAAUUUGCAAAACUCAACCGAUUCUUGGGAUAA